AUGGCCGGUGCUUCACCAGCAGAAGGAUUCCUCGAGCUGUUUACACAGUCUGGUGAAUGGAAGAGAGUCUGUGAAGACAGCUUAACCGAAAGUGUGGCAGGGGUGAUUUGUGGAGAACUUGGCUAUCCUGGUUUCAAGGAGAUCUCAUACGUGAACUCCGCAUGUGCAUCUGAUCAUCUAAAAGACAACUGUACAAGAGCCCCAACUUGCAACCCUAAUACAUAUCGUCUGGUGGAUUGCACAGCUGAGCAUUCAAUGUGUUCGUCUGAGAAGGUCGUCAAAAUAAUAUGUCAUGAGCCCGGAUAUAAAGGAUGCUAUGAACUCGACACUGAGACAUUACAGAACAUCCCUAGAUUUACUUUCCCAUCGACUGCACGCUGUAUCAAUUCGUGUAAAACACACGAAAUCCAAACUAUCGCUAUUAUGAAUCACGUUAAAUGUUUUUGUUCCACAUCUGCCGAAGUCCAGUUGGUAGAUGCACCGAAGUGCAGCAAAGAAACAACGUCGCUAUUAAAAAUGGCAGUUUAUGACGCUUCUGUAGGUUUCUGUGAGGAGCUGAACGACACGAUUGGUGGAUCUUGGGAUUCUAACAUCACGUGGUUUGGUUCUAUCCUUCAUCUUACAUGUAUGGAUGGAUACAGUCUGAAAGGCAACGGAACUCUGCAAUGUGUGCCAGGAUUAACACCAUAUUAUCCCAUGUGGAACGACUCAGUUCCAGAUUGUAUAAUGGGAGGUUUUAGGGAUGACCCUUUUUCCCGUAAGCCGUAA